GAUUCAGCUGCUGUCCCGUUUCCUCGAGUUGUUGACAUGUAGUAACGACAACGUAAUGCACACACGCACACGCACGCACACACACACGCACGCACGCACGCACGCAGAAGAACAGGUUGGUCAUCUCUGUUACAGUAUUUCGCUACCACAUCACAGUAGGAGCUAAAGUGAGCCUAUCUUUAGGCUAAUAUUUCACGACUUUUAUAGAACUUGGAAAAAAAACCAGAGGUCCGGGCCUUGGUGAUCUUAAUGUCAUGGUUGAAAUACUUCGGUUGUCUGUCUGUCAGCAGAAUGAGCAGAUGAAAUAAACAGUGAUUGUCAGUUUAAACAUUAACUUGCAGGACAAGAGUCAAGUUGACUGUUGGUGGCUGGACGUGGCUUUAUAAAGCCGAGUCUGUCUGUUUGUCUGUCACCCCGCACAGGAACAUCAGAUAGGCUAGGCCUCUACCAAUAUGACUAACUUCGGGCAGAUCCUGAAGGAGAUCGGCGAAUUUGGUUUUUUUCAAAAACGUUUAGUGGCGACAUUAUGCAUCCCAAGCAUAUUUUCGGCUUACGACGUGAUUGGUCAGUUGUUUACAGGAAUGAGCUUUCCACAUCACUGUAACACUGACUGGAUCUUGGAGCGUGGGCCAAACCUGACAGAUGAGAGGCAAAUAAAUCUCACCAUCCCGGUGAACAAGGAUGGGAGGUAUGAAAGGUGUGAAAUGUUCACACCUGUGAAUUUGGAUUUGGCAACAAUUGAAGCGUAUGGGAUUAACAGUACAACUGGAUGCCAAAAUGGAUCCGAUUUUGAGGCAACUGCCUCCAGCAUUGUAACAGAGUUCAACCUGGUGUGUGACAGGAGCAGUCUGAUUGAAGCAUCCCAGUCCAUCUACAUGGCCGGUCUGCUGGUUGGAGCGCUGGUGUUGGGGCCGAUGGCUGACAGGUUCGGUCGGCGCGUCGUGGUCAUGUUUUCGCUCCUUUUCCUAUGGAUGUUCGGUGUCGGUGUUGGUUUCUCACCCAAUAUCUAUGUUUAUGUGGUUCUUAAAUUUUUAGGUGGCAUCACCAUUUCAGGCAUCCUUGCUAAUGCAUUUGUGAUAGGUGGUGAGUGGAGUGAUGCCUCCAAGUUUGCGGUCUGUGCCAUUAUCUGCCACAGUGCUUUUCCUCUUGGACUGAUCUUAUUGUCUGGCAUCGCAUAUUUGAUCCCCAACUGGAGGAUCCUGCAGCUGGUGCUCUUCAGCCCUCUUGUUGUUGUCCUGCCAAUCUUUUACUGGAUUCUUCCAGAGUCUGCUCGCUGGCUCAUCACCCAGGGUAGGAAAGAGGAGGCCAUAAAGGAGAUCCGGAAGGCAGCCAAGGUGAACGGGAGGAAGGUCCCGGAAGAUCUGCUGGACAAGCUGGAGAUUGACAGUACAUCCAAAAAAGGAAGCAUGUUGGACAUCUUCAGGAUACCAUAUCUGAGAAAACGUUCAUUUAUAACAUGCGUCGUUUGGUUUGGAACAAGUCUGGUAUACUAUGGACUGAGCCUGAAUGUUGCCAAUUUUGGCCUGAAUAUCUACCUCACACAGUUCAUCUUUGGCCUAGUAGAAUUUCCUGCACGUCUGGGCAGUUUGGCUUUCAUCCAGCACUUUGGAAGGAAAAUAUGUGAAGCAGGGGUCCUGUUUUUUGGAGGGGCAGCUUGUCUUGGUCUACUUGCUAUUCCUAAAGACCUACCUGUGGUGGCAACAGUCCUAGCCGUACUGGGGAAAUUUGCCGCCACUGCCAGUUUCUCCAUAAUCUAUGUUUAUACUGCAGAACUAUACCCUACCACUCUAAGGCAGAAUGGUGUAGGUCUAAAUUCCGUGUGUGCUCGUAUGGCGGGCAUCCUCGCUCCGCUGAUCAGGCUCCUGGGCGUCUACCAUUACACCAUCCCCAUGCUGAUAUAUGGCACCGUGCCCAUUGUUGCUGCGUGUUUGUGUUUAUUACUGCCUGAAACCCUCAAUGUUGAACUCCAGGACCACGCUGAGCUCAAAAAACCUGUGAAUGGGACUGAGGUGCACUCCUUUACUCAUGAAGACACAUCAGGAAAGAGCACAAAAAUGUAAUUCAUAUGGACGUAUUGUUUUUCAAAUGUAUUUGGAGUUAUGGAAAAUGUGAAUAAGCUGACAUUUUGAUAUAUCAAGUCACUUUUGUUCAUUUUGAGCUGAAAGUUUUCACAACUAGAGUCCUUGACAAGUUAGCGACUGGUGAACAUAGUGAAGCGUUCAGCAGCAAAAAGAUAUUAUUCUUGAGAGUUGGUGGAUUGGAUUUACAUUUUUAUUAUGUAUCCAUUGACACACUUCCAAAUUAAUACUAAUGUUGCUCCAUGUUUGCUGGUUGUAUAAAUAGGCAAUGGCAACAUUAUCUAUUCCUUUAAUGGAGUUCUGCUCCUUAUGUAAAUAAAUAAAUAACAACAAGAGCAGUGGAUUAAUGUUGCUUUUGUCUUGCCCCUUUUGUUUGAAGAUGCAAAGUCACUCUUAUCAUUAAUACUGCUCAUUACUUUUUAUUGCCAAUAAAAACAUUUUUUUUAAGUGCUAUAUGCACUUUAAUUUCAUUGGACUGAAAACAAAUGUUUCCUACUAUGAUGACUAUUUAAGUAUUCUGACAGCAUGGCCUUUUUAAUGGAUUAAGUAGCACAAUG